UAUCAAAGUCUAACAAUGAGAGCUUUCGCGUAUGUUUUUGUGGCCCUUUUUGCCUGUGUGGCAGCCUACGAUGUUGAAUUCUUGAGCGAGGAGCAAUGGAAUCGCCUGGUGGAAACCAAUCCUGCUCAGCCUGAUACUCAAGGCUUGGUUCUAAAUUCGCAAGCCAAGAAGGCAGUGAAGAACCUAAUGGCCCAAUUGCCCUGCGGUUGGCCCGAAUAUGGUAUCCCACCUCUAGCCCCUUAUACCAAUGCUGAUCUUCAGAUCCAUUUGGCUCAAUCUGUGGUCGAUUCUUUGCUGCAAUUCUUGCGUUUCCGUUUCGAUGGCUUGGAUGAAAUGGAGAUCAAGAAAUUGAAGGUCAGCUAUACGUUCAGCAAGAAGGUUCAAUUCAGUUUCAAUUUCAAGGAAUUGAAGGCUACCUCUCAUUUCUUGAACACCGAUACUUUCAUCGAUUUCCUUAAGCAAUUGGGUCUGUCUGUGCGUUAUGAGAGCUCUGGUCCAUUGUCCUUCAAGUUGGAGAAUCUCUCGAUUCAGGGUUCAUUCAAGUACAAGAUGCCCUUCAUCUUUGGUUCGAUUAAGAUCUAUAAAUUUGAAUGUAUUGUCGGUCUGGGUGGUGUCACUUCCAACAUUGGUGGCGUCAUGGGCAACGGUCGCAUCAAUGAGUUUAUCAAUGAUAUUAUUGACUACGAAGUGCCAGCCUUCAUUAAUGGUAAUCAGAAGACAAUUAGUGCUAAAAUUGAAGAGAUCUUUGUCCCGUUGGUGAAUUCAAAACUUAAGGGUCAUAAGGUUUGGUAUUUGUUUAGCCUAUUGGCCAGUUCGACCAGAACUUGUAAUCCAACUCCCGCUCCUUGGCUAGCCAUUGAUCCUGUUAAGCAGCAUUGAUUUACCAAACAACAAAAUGGAGUUUAAUAAUUGUCAAUAAAGCAAAACAUAUAAAUAAAUCUAUUUGACGAUCUAUAAAAA